CCCAGUCUGUCUUGAUUCUACGAUCCUCCUGCUCCCCUAAAAAUAAUUUAAUACGUGUUUCUACCACCACUCCCUUUCAAAUAGGAAUAUUAAUAAGUCUUUCUGUUUCUUUGUGUCUUUCUAUUUCUGUCUUCAAAAUCCAUUUUUUCCUUUCUGUCCGUUUAAUUGAACCAGUUAAAAAGCAUAAUUAGCAUUUAAAUCUUUUUCCUACAGUCACCCUCCCUUCCUCCCUCCCUCUCUCUCUCUCCCUCUCUCUCUCUCUCUCUCUUUCUCACUCACUCGCUCAUGUCUCUGUCGCUAAGGCAACCAAUGCUUUUUCCCACUCCCUCUCCCUAUCUCCCCCUCUCGGAGUCUCUUUCCCUCACUCCCCUGCUUCAGCCGUGAGAGAGAUGGUCGGUGGAGUAAAGGCUCAUUGAAAAGACUGAAGCGAUGGAGCGAUGCUCCAUCCCUCCUGCCUCCGCUCUCUACUGCCUCCUUCUGGCCGCUGUGGUGACGUGCCCCACCCGGGGUGACUCGAACGAGCCCAACUGGGAGGAGCUCGGCGAGAUGCAGGUGGAGGCGCUCUCCGCCCAGCUGGCCGUCACUGCCCAGGCCACGCCCACGCCCCUCUGGGCAGUGGUCUGGGGCCCGACGCAGACCCUCGAGGACGAGACGCAACACUUCCUCCCCAGCCAGGAAACGGACCACUGGCAGGCGUCCACCGACGAGACCUGGCCGCAUCACCAGAGCCCCCCGACCACCCAGACACAACAGCAGCUCCCGUCCCUGGAGGCGAAGGACGUGGUGUCUGGCGACGACAGCAAGACCGACACAGAGGAGGAGACUGAGGAAGUGGAUCCUCAGUUCUAUGUCACAGUGACCAUCUCAUCUGUGCUGAUUCUUGCAGCUGUCAUCAUAACUGCCAAACUCUGUUACGACCGCAGCUGUUCCCGGCAUCCACCUCCGCUCUCCCGCGGCGGGGCGCCCCCCCUGUCGCUCGCCAUCCCGCGCGCCCUCGCCCAGGAGGACAGUAGGCAGACGCUGCACAGCACCCCCUCCUUCGGCGACAGGGAGAGGUAUCUGCAUCUGCGUGUGUGUGUGUGUGUGUGAGUGUUAUGAAAGGCGGGGGGGGCGUAUUAUUUUGUAUUCCAGUCAUAAGUGUUUUGCCAAUCCAAGUAAUGUUGCUAAAAUACAGAAUUAUGCACAUGGACAUGUGGGCUUUGUGUAUUGGACACGUGUCUAUCUUCAUAUCAGGGUGAUGACAGCAGAGAUUGUAGUCUACUCUGUAUCAACAAUGGGUGUUUGUGUUAUUCUGUGUGUGUGUGUGUUUGUUUGUUUUAGUGUGGCAUAUUUGUGUUUAGUUGUGUUUUGAUAUGAGUGUCACAGGACAUGGUUGAUCAUAUCUGUGUAAUUGCAUGUUACUCUGCGCGCAUGUGGGGGAAGGUGUUUCCUCAAGCAUCAACAGUGCUACUUGUCAUUAUUUAGCAUCCAGCGCUUAAGUCUCCAGAUCUGUGGAUCUGUCAGUGUGAAUAUUGCCACUGCCAAAUCACACUGCAGUAAGCAGUGAAAGCAAUGUCCGUGAAAUAGGACUCUUUUUUUUUCUCUCAGGGAGAGGAUUUUCAAGUUAAUCUCAUACGGGAUAAUGGAGCACAAUUUCUCCUCUCUGUCACUUCCCCUCUUUCUCUCUCUCCCUCCUUUCCCUUGUCUUUCCAUUCUUGUCUUCUCCUGCAGGAUUCCUGUGGUCAAUCUCUAAGGACGACUGUUUCCACAAAUUUGAUAAGCAUUUAUACCGGCCACUGAGAAUCUGCCGUUGGUGUGGAGAGUGUGUGUAUAUACAGUACAUAUAUCUAUUUUGGACUAUGAAACCAGGAGUUUAGGUGUUCCUCGUCCAUUGUGAGAGCUUCCAGCUCAGCGACGUAGAUCACACACACACAGCUGCGGCCGCUGGCUUCGUUCCUCUCCGCUCCUCUCUUCUCUUCCACCAUGACACAGAGUGUAUUUCAUGUUUUGGCAGCACUUGGCUCCCCGCGUCCUUGUUGAUGAACAUAGCCAUUCCAAAAAGCUGUUCCACCACGCGCAGUGCAGUAUGUCAUGGAGUUGGCUAAAGACACCGUCAUCAAAUCAUUUACUUGAUAAACAUCAGUUUGUGCCAGUGACAUUUUGGCAGGGAGAGUUCUUGAACUACUGAGUGCCUCCCUGUCACCCCCACCCACCCACCCGCACUAAACUGCAGGUGCAGUUGGUGGCUAGAGUGCUUAAUUGGAUUCUUUUUUUUUUUUUUAUUAAAAAGAAUUGACUCGACAGUCAGUUCUAAUAAAACGAUGGUACUUAAGGUCUUAAGAUGUUGAUGAUCAGACAAUUCGAGGGUGCGAAAGCACACAAAUUAGCAUUUUAACAAGCUUCAUUAAGGAAGGACACAAGCGCAGAGCCAAGCAGAAUUUCUGUGACAUACAAUUGCUUUCUAGACUGUUCUGUUUUCUUUAGUUAUCUCUUGACCAUGACAUUCAGCACUGACAGGUACUGCCACAUUAGCUAGUGCUACAAAAUGUUCUAGAAUGAUCCUAACACCAAGUGCUCAUAGUGUGUUAAUUUUAGCUCACUGCUUUGGACUAAGAUGAGGAGGAAAGAAGGUAGAGACUUAACCCUACUCAGCAGAAGGGUUAAAAUAAUCAGGGCCCCCCCCCACCCCCACCCCCAAAGACCAGGAGGUGUGUGUGUGGUGGUGGUGGUGGGGGGUUAUCUUUCAAAGCUGAGUGAACAGUGUUAGAGUUAGCCUGAUGGAGCUGUGCCAACACGUUUAACAUAAUCCCUGAGGUAGCCAUCCUGGUAUUUAAGGCACACCUCCACUCUUGCUCACAUGGGAAGGCUCAGUCAGAAGUUGAGAAUGUCCUUAAAACUUUGCAGUAUGCACUUUUGAAUGUUAUGCCAACCAAAACAUGAGAUGAUGAGAAAUGUUCUCUUGCUUCCAACUGCAGAGGGUGGUUGAGGUGCGACUUUGAGGUCUUCGACUAUGUUCAGCGUCAGGUUAACCUCCACUGAGUUUGGGGAAUAGCCCCCUCAGUGGGUGUUCACUACCGUGACUGACUUUAUGUGCUGUGACAUCGUAUGUAGUUUGUUCAGUACAGUAUUAUGUCAUCUGAGUCACAUUGCUGUGAAACUAUGGACCACUGUACACGUUAACGCUCAAUAAAGAGCUAACACUUUGUGAUG